GUCCGUUGCCCAAUUACAUCGCUUUCAACAAUAGUAUCCUACGGCGGGGCUGUGGGGUGAAUUGUCAUAGGUGGCCAGCUACCCGAAGCCAACGCCCUGUCCAAGCACUCUGCAUCACUCCACCCCGUCCUUAUCAUAUCUCUCUCUCUCUCUGCAUCCCGACCUGAUUCUAAGAAGCAAUGGAGGGCGCGGAUCACUUGGCUCACGAGCGAAAGAAGGCUCAGUUCGAUGUUGAUUCCAUGAAGAUCGUCUGGGCUGGUUCUCGCAGAACUUUUGAAGUCACCGAUCGUAUUUCCAAGCUCGUCGCUGCCGAUCCUGCUUUUCGGAAGGAUAACAGAGCAAUGCUCGACAGAAAGACAUUGUUCAAAAACACUCUUAGAAAAGCAGUAUAUGCAUGGAAAAGAAUUGUUGAGCUCCAUCUUUCUGAAGAAGAGGCAUCAGCGUUAAGGUUUUAUGUGGAUGAACCUGCAUUCACUGAUCUUCAUUGGGGAAUGUUUGUACCUGCUAUAAAAGGGCAAGGCACUGAGGAGCAGCAGAAGAAAUGGUUGCCAUUAGCUUACAAGAUGCAAAUUAUUGGCUGCUAUGCACAAACUGAACUUGGUCAUGGCUCUAAUGUACAAGGUCUUGAAACCACUGCAACGUUUGAUCCCCAAACCAAUGAGUUUAUCAUUCAUAGUCCUACUUUGACUUCAAGCAAAUGGUGGCCUGGUGGACUGGGUAAGGUGUCUACGCAUGCUGUUGUUUAUGCUCGUCUUAUAACAGACGGUCAGGACCAUGGAGUGCAUGGUUUUAUUGUCCAACUUCGGAACUUGGAAAAUCAUUCCCCUCUCCCAGGUGUAACUGUUGGGGAUAUUGGAAUGAAAUUUGGAAAUGGAGCAUACAACACCAUGGACAAUGGGGUCUUAAGAUUCGACCAUGUCCGUAUCCCAAGAGACCAAAUGUUGAUGAGGGUUUCACAGGUUACACGGGAAGGGAAAUAUGUGCAGUCCAAUGUUCCCCGGCAGCUAGUUUAUGGUACUAUGGUAUAUGUCCGGCAAACAAUAGUAGCAGAUGCUUCCUGUGCUUUGUCCCGGGCAGUUUGCAUUGCCACUAGAUAUAGUGCUGUUCGUAGACAGUUUGGAUCACAGGAUGGUGGACCCGAGACCCAGGUCAUUGAUUACAAAACCCAGCAAAGUAGGCUAUUUCCUUUGCUGGCUUCGGCUUAUGCUUUCAGAUUUGUUGGGGAGUGGUUGAAAUGGUUGUACAUGGAUGUGACCCAAAGAUUGCAGGCAAAUGAUUUCUCAACAUUGCCUGAGGCUCAUGCUUGCACUGCUGGGUUGAAGUCUCUGACUACUACUGCUACAGCUGAUGGUAUUGAAGAGUGCCGGAAGUUGUGUGGUGGCCACGGCUACCUUUGUAGCAGUGGACUUCCUGAAUUAUUUGCCGUUUAUGUCCCUGCCUGUACAUAUGAAGGAGACAACAUUGUGCUGCUUCUACAGGUUGCAAGGUUUCUCAUGAAGACUGUUUCUCAGCUGGGAUCUGGAAAACAACCAGCAGGUGCAACAGCUUAUAUGCGGCAAAUUGAGCAUCUAAUGCAAUGCCGUUGCAAUGUUCAAAGAGCCGAGGAUUGGUUAAAGCCCAGUGCAAUAUUGGAGGUAUUUGAGGCCAGGGCUGCUAGAAUGUCCAUUGCCUGUGCUCAGCAUUUAAGCAAGUUUUCAAGUCCAGAAGAAGGCUUUGCAGAACUCUCAGCUGAUUUAGUGGAGGCAGCAGUUGCUCAUUGCCAAUUAAUUGUAGUUUCCAAGUUCAUUGACAAAGUGCAACAGGACAUUCCUGGAAAGGGGAUUAAACAACAGUUGGAGGUCCUUUGCAGCAUUUAUGCCCUCUUCCUCCUCCACAAGCAUCAAGGCGAUUUUCUCUCCACGAGCUGCAUCACCUCCAAGCAGGCUUCCCUUGCAAAUGAUCAACUUAGAUCUUUGUAUUCCCAGGUUCGCCCAAAUGCAAUUGCUCUGGUUGACGCGUUUAACCACACCGACCACUUCCUGGGCUCAAUUCUGGGUUGCUACGAUGGAAAUGUAUAUCCAAAACUUUACGAGGCAGCGUGGAAGGAUCCUCUAAAUGAUUCGGUCGUGCCUGAUGGCUACCACGAAUACAUCCGGCCACUGAUGAAGCAACAGCUCCGCGCAGCCAGACUCUGAAGGGGAACUUCUACUUGUAGUGAAUUUCGGGUCCUCAAUCCGUAUGCUGUGUGUGAUCGUAACAGAUGAAAUUUUAUUAGAGAGAGGGGUAAUACUGUCAGCAAAAAAAGUAAUUAUCUUGGGAACAUAUAAUUUAAAUAAGCCCAGCCAAAGGCAGAAGAAUGGGAUAUUUUUAUUUUUAUGUUGGUUGAUGGAUGGAUAGAUAGAUAGAUCAGUUCAGUUUAUGCACAUCCUUCCUUGUGAAUGAUGGCUUUCAUGUGCUUUAUGUUUGGACAUAACCCGAAAAUGGGACUAGAUUUAGCUGACCAA